AAAGAGGUACACCGAUUCUCUUUUCAACAGACCCAUCUGUGUUAGUAUCAUCCCUUCAUCUCUCACAAAACAUGUCUCCUACCGCCCAAAAUACCGCUGCCCACACAUCCAAGAACUACGAGUUUGGUGCUGCUGGCUCCCAUAACCUUGCCAAAGGUUUGGAACAUCCAGACAAGAUUCCUGAAUUCACUGAUCUUCUUGCCAAACGUAAGUGGAUGCUUCAACAUAUGGCUGGUGCCUUCAGAGUUUUCGGAAGAAAGAACUACACUGAAGGUUCUGCUGGACACAUUUCCAUCAAGGAUCCAGUUGUACCAGGCACCUUUUGGAUCAACCCUUUGAACAAGCACUUCUCAUUGAUGAAGGCCAGUGACAUGGUUCAUGUUGAUAUGGACUGUAACGUCUUGCCUACCGGUAACCAGGCUGCUGUGAACGCUGCUGGAUUUUCCAUCCAUGCUGCCAUCCACAAGGCCAAGCCAGGUAUCGCUGCUGCUUGUCACACCCACUCCAUCUAUGGUAAGGCUUACCUGAGUUUUGGUAAGGAAUUGGACAUGAUCAACCAAGAUGCUUGUUUACUUUACAACAGACACGUUGUCUUUUCUAACUUUGGAGGUAUUGCCUUGGAUGCUAAGGAAGGUGAAGAAAUUGCUGAAGCCCUUGGUGAAAACGGGGUUGCUGCCAUUCUUCAAAACCAUGGUUUGUUGACCGUUGGUCAAACCGUUGAUGAAGCUGCUUAUUUGUUCACCUUGAUGGAAAACACUUGUCAUGCCCAAUUGUUGGCUGAUGCUGCCACUGCCUCCGGUAAGAAGAAGCAAAUCAUCCACGACGACGUUGCUGCUUACACUUUGCACAUGUCUGGUGACCCAGAAACCAUCUACGGGGAAUUCCAACCAGAUUUAAGUUACGAAACUGCCAUGAACCCAGACUACCUCAACUAAUCUAAUGUAUAUCCUAUUUAAAAAAUGAAUGAAAUC